AUGGGUCUUUAUGCCCUUUUCAUGAUGAAAGCUUUAGUUGAGCCCAGCGAUGUGACUCUCAAAAUUUACCGAGCGGAAUCAUAUGCUGGUCUCCAAGAGUUUAAAGCAGCCAUAGAAGAUUUAAAUGCAGUUCUCUUGGAACUGCCAAACUGGCCUGAGGUCUACUUCAGGAAAGGAAAAGUACUCCACGAUGCUGGUUUUUUAGGUGAUGCCUUACAACUCUUUCUUCAAUGCCUAGCCCUUGAUGAAGAUUUUGCACCUGCAAAGCUAGAAGUAGAAAAGAUUUUAUGUGAUUUAUUGUCACCUGAAAACUUAAAAGAAGGCCUGAAGGACUCUUCCUGGAGUUCAUUGCCAUGUAUUAAAAACAAACCUUUUGGUUUUCCUGUAGUAAUGGAAGAGUCUCACUCUGCCACAGAGCUUAGCCCAGAGCAGAACGAAGAAAUACCAGAGGUCACUUCAGAGCUUAUCAAAGGAAGCUUAAACCGUGCAUGGUCAGCACAGGCUAUAAAUUCAACAGAAAUGCCUACCAGAGAGGACUGUUUAAAAAGAGUGUCCUCGGAACCUCUACUCUCUGUUCAAGAAAAAGGUGCUCUGCUGAAAAGAAAGUUGUCUCUUUUAGACCAGGAUGUGAUUGUAGACGAAGACGGAAGAAAUAAGCUUAAAAAACAAGGAGAAACUCGCAAUGAAGUCUGUACGUUUUCAUUAACUUACGGUGACAUCCCAGAAGAAUUAAUAGAUGUUGCAGAUUUUGAGUGUUCUCUCUGCAUGAGGUUGUUUUUUGAGCCAGUAACAACCCCUUGUGGACACUCCUUCUGUAAGAAUUGCCUUGAGCGCUGUUUAGAUCAUACACCGUAUUGUCCUCUCUGCAAAGAAAGCUUAAAAGAGUAUCUAGCAGAUAGGAGGUACUGUGUGACACAGCUGUUGGAAGAAUUGAUAGUGAAGUAUCUGCCUGAUGAGCUGUCUGAGAGAAAACAAAUAUAUGAUGAAGAAACUGCUGAGCUGUCACACUUGACCAAGAAUGUUCCAAUAUUUGUUUGCACUAUGGCCUACCCUACUGUGCCUUGCCCUCUUCAUGUAUUUGAGCCAAGAUACAGACUGAUGAUUCGAAGAAGUAUACAAACUGGAACUAAACAGUUUGGGAUGUGUGUUAGUGAUACCCAGAAUAGUUUUGCAGAUUAUGGGUGUAUGCUACAAAUUCGGAAUGUACAUUUCUUACCUGACGGGAGGUCUGUGGUUGACACAGUUGGAGGAAAGCGGUUUAGGGUCUUAAAGAGAGGAAUGAAAGAUGGAUAUUGCACUGCAGACAUUGAAUAUCUGGAAGAUGUUAAGGUUGAGAAUGACGAGGAGAUCAAGAAUCUCAGACAGCUUCAUGACUUGGUAUACUCACAAGCCUGCAGCUGGUUUCAGAAUUUGAGAGACAGAUUUCGAAGCCAAAUUCUUCAGCACUUUGGCUCAAUGCCCGGGAGGGAGGAAAACCUUCAGGCGACGCCUAAUGGGCCCGCGUGGUGUUGGUGGCUUCUUGCAGUUCUUCCCGUAGAUCCCCGAUACCAGCUAUCGGUUUUGUCAAUGAAGUCUUUGAAAGAACGGUUGACAAAGAUACAGCAUAUACUGACCUAUUUUUCUAGAGACCAAUCUAAGUAA